AUGAAGCGGAUAAAUUUAUUGAUUAUUAAGCAGGAAACGAUAGUGGCAUCCCAGCAAAGACGGCAAGACAAGCUUAUGAUGACAUCCAACACUUUGAACGCCAGUGUUGGAAUACAAGAGAAAGCUCCUUCGGCUACGUCAGAAAUAGACAAUAAACAUGUUACGUACAGAGGAAAUAGUUCGCACUCAGCGAUUGAAGAAUGGAUAAAUUAUCUACCAAAUGUGAAGUGGCGCAAUGUUGCAACAAUAAGUUUUGUACACUUAUGUGCAUUGUACAGUCUCGUCACUAUCGACUUUACAAUAGAUAUCAGGACAGUCUUUUGGUAUAUCUUGAUUCGCGUAAUUCAAGCGAUGGGCUUUACCGCUGGUGCUCAUCGUUACUGGACACAUCGAACUUUCAAAGCAAAAUUGCUACUUAGGAUCAUACUUGUCUUUUGCUAUAUUACAGCUGACCAGAUCUCUAUCCGCAAUUGGGUCCGAGAUCAUCGAACACACCACAAAUUCACGGAAACAAAUGCAGAUCCACACAACAGCAAUCGGGGAUUCUUCUUCUCUCAUGUCGGGUGGUUGAUGGUAAAAAAGCAUCCAGAGGUUAUCAAAAAAGGUCAACAAAUCGAUGAUAAUGAUAUUUCACGGAUUUUAAAUAAAUAUAACAUUAUUGUUCUACUCUCUAUCGCGACUGCUUUACCGCAUGUUGUGUACAGUUUUGUUGCCACAUACUUCCUGAGCAGGCAAAUUUAGUUCGCAGUUAGCUUGUUCUUGCAUCAAUCAACUUGAUGAACGGCUUUGGAAAAUUUGUCCCACGUAACCGAUGCAAUCCCAACAACUAUACAUGACAGCGGCCACGGUACACAAAACUAGAGUUUCUUUUUCCUUCACUUUGACGUAGACACAGUUUAACCAUACACAGUUACGACAGUAAAGUCGGAACCUUUGAUGUUUGUGUUACUUAGACAUGUGACCUACCGCCAUAUUUUGGAUAGUAUAAAAGCGAGUUAUUCAAAGAUAUGAAAUAACAAAAGAUAGUUAAAAA